UCUUCUUCUGCCUCUCAUUCAUUUUAUUCACCACAACCUUUUACACCAAUUUCUAAACUGCUUCCAAAUCCUUCCCAAAUAUGGCUGCUAAACGAUCUUUCGAUGAUUCUGAUCAAGACAAACACAAACCAAAUGACAAACGGAUGAGAAGUUCUACGACAAGACCUUCUUUUGCUUCGGUAAUAGGAGAAGUGGUUAUGGUAAAAAACAUGCAAAACCUUUUCUCUGGCUUGGAACCUUUACUUAGAAGAGUGGUGAAUGAAGAGGUGGAGAGAGCAAUGAGACGAUGUUGUCCAACAAGAACAAUAACAAGAUCACCUUCAUUAAGACUACAAGCAAUGGAACAAGCAUCAAGUUUUGAAUUCAUGUUUAGAAAGAAACUUUCACUUCCAAUAUUCACAGGUAGUAGAAUACUAGACAUAGAUGGAAAUCCAAUUCAUGUGAUUCUUGUUGACAAAAGCAAUGGUGAAAUAGUACCAACAAGUUUACCUCAACCUAUAAAGAUAGAAAUUGUUGUUCUUGAUGGAGAUUUUCCUCCUAGUGAAAAGGAAUCAUCAUGGAGUAGUGAAGAAUUUAAUAGCAAUAUUGUGAAAGAGAGAACAGGGAAGAGACCAUUGCUUACUGGAGAAUUGAAUAUUACUAUGAGAGAUGGGAUUGCACCAAUUGGGGAUAUUGAAUUCACUGAUAAUUCUAGCUGGAUUCGUAGUAGAAAGUUUAGAGUUGCUGUUAGAAUUGCUCAUGGGACUAAUCUCAAUGUAAGAAUUCGUGAAGGCAUCACUGAACCUUUUAUCGUUAAGGAUCACCGUGGCGAAUUGUACAAGAAACACCACCCACCAAUGCUAAAGGAUGAAGUGUGGAGACUAGAGAAGAUUGGGAAAGAUGGAGCUUUCCACAAAAAAUUGACGAAAGAGGGAAUUACCACAGUGCAAGAAUUUCUCAAAUUAUCUGUUGUUGACCCUCAUAGGCUAAGAAAGAUUUUAGGCCUUGGGAUGUCAGAGAAAAUGUGGGAUGUGACAAUUAAGCAUGCAAAGACUUGUAUAAUGGGAGACAAACUUUAUGUGUACCGUGGGCCUCAUUUUACCAUAUAUCUAAAUGCAAUCUGCCAAAUGGUUAAAGCUUUUAUCAACGGCCAACCCCUUCUUAAUCGAGACCUAUCCAACAGGCAGAGUUACAUAGAGAAAUUGGUGACAGAAGCAUAUGUUAGAUGGGAUGACUUGGAAGAAAUUGACCAAGUUUUCAGUGAUAACGUUGCUCUGUUAACUCAAGGUGAAACCUUGGACCAAUUUCCAAACAACAAUCAACUACCAUCUGUUAUAAGAUACGAUCAAAAUGAUUAUUUUGGUGAUAAAUGUAUAGGGACUGGUAACUAUGUAGCAAAUCAUAGUAAUAAUAAUGCACAAACUGGGUGCAUUGAGUGGUCCCCAUUUGCCACAUCACCAUUUGUGAAUGGUAUACCAUAUAGCUUCUCAGAUUCACAAUCAGACGGUGGUGAUUUAACGCCCUCAAGUUCAGGACCAAUGAUUGAUGAUGGAGUCUCAAGAUGGCGUUAGGAAAAUUUGUAAUUUGACUUUCUUUUUUUUUUAGUCAACUGAUUUGACUUUCAGCUGUAUAGAUAAAAAAAAAGGUAGCAGUUGGAGAAUCAAAUUAGGCUUAGUGUCAAGUGUUGGGCCAUAACAAAACAUUGUCUAGUUUUGUCUUGGAGAAUGUUGGGCUCGUGUUUUUGGAUAGGUUUAGUGAGUCGUUAGACCCAUUUCAAGGGUGUGUGAAAGAUGGGCCUAGCUCCUCCUCUCCUGCAAAAGUUGCAAACCUACCUUUAUUGGGUCAGUGUUGCUAUGUUUAUCAUAAUUUCAGCAAUUCUAUUUCAACUAAAGAAGAAGCAUUUACAAAACAGCAAAUAUCACAUAUUUCCUUUUAUUAUUAUUAGGAACAACAAACGAAAUUUGGUCAAAAGAUUGCAUAGUUUAA